GCUGAGGGGAGCACCGCCCCGAACCCGCCACAGGCCCCGGCCCCGGCCCGGAGCGGGCUGCAGGCCGCCGGCCUAGGGGCGGUAGCGAGCCGUCCUCCUCGCCGGCCGGGCAGCCAUGGCCGCCUCCGGGCUGUGGCGGCUGAGGAGACCCCUGGCAGCCGCCUUCAGCAGCGCGGCGACGGCGGCGGGCGGGCGGCCUUCCCCGCCGGAGAAGCUGACGGUGCGGCGGCAGGCGGAGGGCGUCCGAAACAUUGUCUUGAACAACCCGCAGAAGAGGAACGCCCUGUCCCUCGCCAUGCUGCAGUCCCUCAGGGAGGACCUGCUGCACGACGUCAAGAGCAAAGAACUCCGAGUUAUCAUCAUUUCAGCUGAAGGACCUGUAUUUUGUUCUGGCCAUGAUUUAAAGGAACUGUCAAGUGAAGAUGAUGUGAAGUAUCAUUCCCAAGUAUUUGAAAUAUGUGCAGAGGUUAUGACUUUAAUCCAGAAACUUCCCGUACCAGUGAUUGCCAAAGUAAAUGGCUUGGCUACAGCAGCAGGCUGUCAGCUUGUGGCAAGCUGUGACAUUGCAGUGGCAAGCGAGAAAUCUCAAUUUGCUACUCCUGGAGUAAACAUCGGACUGUUUUGCUCCACACCAGCUGUGGCCUUGGGCAGAUCUCUUCCAAGAAAGGUGGCAUUAGAGAUGCUUUUCACAGGUGAACCUCUUUCUGCCCAAGAAGCAUUAAUGCAUGGGCUUAUCAGCAAGGUGGUACCAGAAGACAAGCUGGAAGAAGAGACCAUGAAAAUCUCUCACAAGAUAUGCGAAAGCAGCAAAUCCGUCCUGGCACUGGGGAAAGCCACCUUUUACAGACAGAUGUCACAGGACCUUGAUACUGCUUACAAAACGACUACUCAGGUCAUGGCAGACAAUUUGAAUUUGAGAGAUGGGCAGGAGGGUAUUGAAGCCUUUAUUCAGAAACGUAAGCCUGUCUGGUCACACUCUCAGGAUAAGAAGAAAUGAAUCCUGUUUCUAAACUAAUCUUAGCUGUGCUUUAUGAUUCUUCACGUAGUUGCCUUUGGGAACUAUAUUUUUGUUCUUACUGAAAGUUAAAUUUCUCUUCCUACAUAUGCCAAAGCCACAAUAAAUUUAUUAUAAGUGUAUAAUAAAUGUUAAGAAAAAUCAAACCAAAUGGGGUUUUUUCAGCAAUUAAUUUAAUCUAUGGUUUUAGAAGGAACUCUGUGCUGCAAAAAAUCAGUUUAAUGUGUCCCAGGUUACUUAGGAAAUCACAGGGAAUGGCAGAGAGCUCAGAUCACCCUGUUCAGUAUGUGUCCCCCUAGUUCUGGAUAAGAAUUUCCAUUUGUUGCUAUUUAUAGCAAAUUAAAGGGCUGGGACACAUUCCAGAGAUGAUGAUAGUACAUAUCAUAAUGGAUUCCAAUACUGUUCAUAUGUUACAGGCAAAAGCCUGUAACAGCAGUCCAUUGCUCCUUAUGAAUAUAACUGCUUGUAAACUUCAUGUAUUAUUAGUUUGUUUCCUUCAGCAAAUCCUGGUUUUCCACCAUCAGUUCAAGCACUUGUCCCAGCUCUAGAGAAUUUUGCUGUUGACUCCAGAGAGGCUGAGCAUGGCUUGGGGAUGUUAAGUUUCAAAAGGGCACACUGUGAAAGCCACCGCCUGUGGGCUUCAGCAGAGAUUCUCACCUGGCACUGUUCUAAGCCAGCUGUAAUUUUCAGGCUGUAUGUCUUCAGUUUAUCACAGAAUUUUAGAUGUGUUAGUUGGAAACUCCCCCCUUGUGCUCAAAGCUGGGCUUUUACCAACACUGGAACAGGUCAGUCAUGGAUGUAAGGUCUUGCCAGCCUCCAUCAACAAGGAUUCAGCUGCUCCUCUGGGUAAUCUGUCACAGUGCUGUGCAACCCUCUGGUGAAAAAAACCCAACUCUUAAUGUCCAGCCUGAGCCUCGAAGCAGCAGGUUUUUGGCCAUUGUCCCUUGUUAAAUUAUCUGAUAUUAUUGAGAAAACUUCAGCUCCGUUGUCAUUCCAACUCUCUUCAAACAGUCACAGGCUGCAGUUAGACCACACUUAGACUCCUCUGUGCCAGACUGAACAAGUCCAGCUUCCGCCACUCUCCUUGUAGCUCAUUUUCUGUAGGUAACCAGCUUGGUAGCCAUCCAAUGGACCAAUUCCAGUUUCUCCACAUCCCUUUUGUACUGGUUGUGCCAAAACUGGACUGUAUUCCAAAUAUGGCCUCACCAGUGCUGAGCAGAGGAGAACAAAAUAUUCCCUCCAUCUGCUGGCCACUUCCAGCCCAUCCGUAUUGCUCAGUGUGCAUUUUGCCUUAUUUGUGAUGAGAGUGCACUGUUGGCUCAUAUUCAGUUGGGCAGCCACGGCAAGCCCAGUUUCAGCACGACUGCUGCUCUGCCGUCAGCUCCUAGCCUGUACUGGUUCUCGGGGUUAUUCUUCUCCAGGUGCAGAACCUUGCAUUUCUCCUUAGCUUAUGGUUCUUCUGGAUUGAAGCCGGGCCAUUCGGUGCGUCAGCCAUUCCCCCAAUUUCGCAUCAUCUGCAGAUUUGCUGGGGAUGUAUAUUGAUGACAAUACUGAAUGAUAUGAGCCUCGAUGUCAAGCCAUGGUGAUCAACAUGGGAUGGCCUCUCAGCAAAGACAUUUCUUCUGAAGUUCCGCAUGGACAAAUCAUGAAGGCUCAUCUAUUUCACCCUUAAAUAGGCAUCUAAGAAAGAUGAAAUGAAUCACUGUGUUGAUGGGCCUUUCUUUCUUUGUUGACAGUAAAAGUAGCCUAACGUGCUUAGUUCAGACUUAGACGUCUUAUGUUAGAGCAGAUGAAUCCUACCUACAGCUACUAAAACUCCAAAUGUGGAAGUAUCAUGAAUCAAGAAGGACAUUUUUAAGCUGUGUUUGCUCCUGUGUCCCUGGUUCCCUGUCUGUAUGAGUUUAGUUCAUUCCUCAUUUCUUGUCUGGAGUGAAUCAGAUAGAUACCCAAUAAAGUUCUGGGUCAGUUCUCUCCAGGGAUCGAUUACUCCUAGGCAGUAUGGAUGAGUCCACACUAGCUUUGGCUUGCUCUGCCCUUCACAGUGCCCUGAUACUAUCCCCAAAGGCCUUGCCUAACGCUCCCGAGUAGCCUCAGCAUCAUGCUAAAAAACACCCUGCUGGCAAGCCUGCUUGUUAUUUUGGGUACUUUGAACUGAAAAACUGCCACGACAAAAUCAACACUUUGGUCUCUGGGCCAUGAAGGUGCUGUAUGGAUCUAGGGGAAGCCCAAGCCAAGUGCUGUGCAAUGCAGUUGCUGCAGGUCUACUUCAGAAUGACCUAAGCACGAGGGCCACCUUGCAAAGGCUGUUGUUGGUAGUGUCAGCCUUCUUGAUGUCCCCUUGUUAGGAGAAGUGGUCUCAUGGGUCAGUCAAUCUGCCUCCCACGUAGCAGCAAGGGGCUGUCAGGUGCACUGUUGGGAUCAAAGGGUUGAAUGACACUUUGCUUCCUGGGUAGCAGAAUUACAUUCUAUCAUUCCUUAUACUGGAGCAAGACUUGGAUAGUUUGGAGCAAAAAUCAGCCUCUCUUCUUUCUGACUGACCGACACAUUUCAAUUCAAACCAGUGAUAUAAAUACUCAUACCAUUUAUACGCAGACAGCCCCACAAAGCAGUUCUCUUGUCUGUCUAUAGCACAUACUCAGGAUGAAAAGAAAGCAAUUUCCAGUUCUGCCGCUAUUUUUAAUUUGAGGAAUGGAAACUUAAAACUUGAAAUCACUAUUAAAAAUAGUUUGUUCCUAUAGGAAUGUGAAAAAUGUGGAUCACUGGGAAUAGUUGUUUUAAAAAUACAAACUUUUAUUGUUACCACUAGGGGAGUUGGGGUUUAUAUAAAUUCAUAUAGUUUAUAUAGGCUAGAAACUGUUAUGAGCAGUUAAGAGAUAGAAGGGUUAAAUCUGGAGCUGAAUAACCUUCAUCAUGUCCUUUUUAAUGCAGUAAGAUGCUGCACUUAGAUUCUGUUCCCACAUGCUGCUCUAAAAGCAUUAGUAAAGAGUAAAUUGUUUUUAAAAAUAUUUGUAUUUAAUGGCUAUCUUGCAACUACUCAGCAAAUCUCUACUGGCUCUUUUGUUCCAGGCUUUUAGAAAUAAGUACAUUAUCUGAUUUUUGCAGAAUAGUGCUCCUUCCAGCUAAAUGGAGUAAUAAAAUGGUUUCACUGGCCAUCUUAAAACAUGAGCGAUAGUUUGGAUGAGCAUAUUCUCUCAGAUAUUUAGAAAUUCUCAUUUUGCAAUUGAUUGCCAUCUACACAAGGCAGGGUUUGGCAUUAUUAUUAACUCCUGGUUAUAAUUGUUAAAGAAAAAAAAUUUACAUUUUUAAAGAAUAAUUACUUCAUCUGAAAUAGUUAUAUUGCAAUGGAAUCGAAUUUUGGUCAUCUUACUCCUGCACAUGGAUUCAUUUAAUUUGAAUGGCCUCAUAAGACACUAACAUUACAAAGACAUAUAGAUAUCCUCAGCAUUAUUCACCGUGAGCAGACUGACAUCAAUGGAAGUGCCAUGUAAAGUUACAAACAGGCAUACUUUAGCAAGACAAAAUGGUGAUGGGAGGGGAAGUUCAUGAUAAAGAUGGUGUUCUGGGUGUUUAUAAGAUAGGCAGAGGCUAAGAGUGUUACCUUAUCCUUGGCUUUCCCUGAAAAAGACCAAACACCACAAUGCCUUGAGCUCCUUCACAGUUCAAAUCCAUGGAAGUUGAGGAGGCAGAGUGCCCUGGGCGGUUGAGUUCAGGUCCUUAAGAACACUGCUUUUCUAGGCUCAUGGUCUUUUUCAGUCUAAUUCACGGCUAUGACAAAUGUUUGUGUUGUACUUUCAGAUCUUGAAGAGAAAAAUAUUUAUUAGUAUGUUUUGACUCAGUUUUCACAGUAUUUUUUUCACAGUACUAUUUUAUGCAAUAAAGGAAUUGUGUAAUUAGUAAUCAUCAGUUGCAAAAAUGGUGGCAUCCACGGGAACAUUUCCCUCUUUCUUGAGCCGCUACACAGAAAAACUUCAGGUUUUAGAACAUUCCAGCACUGGCCCCUGUGGAUUGACAAAGCAACAUCAUUUUUCAUUUCUGACUUGUCUGGGAUUUUUAUUUUUACCCACAUCUGCCUUUAUUGUUUAAUUCAAUGGAUUUAGAGGCUAUUCCUGGGAAACAGACCAGUUCCAGGACUGUUAAUUAAGUUCUACAGCCAAGAAACAGCAAACCCAGUGAUAUAUUGGGAGCCCUACUGCUGUGGCUAUCUGCUGCCUGAGGAGACAGUUUGUCCCAAAAUAGCAAGGAGUCUAUCCCUUGUCAUCCCAUUCAUUUUUAUUAAAGAAUCUGCUCUGCAGCAAUGUCUGCCAGGUAAUUAGCCUAGUUUCAAGUGACCCUAAUAGUAUGCGGCAUACAUUCAGCCUUCUCUGUAAACUAAGCACAACUCCAUCUGUGUACAGCCUCUAGGAUGCAGCUUAUCACUGCGAAUGACAGGCAGGAACACGUUUUCUAUUCAUAUACACAGGAAUGGCUGGAAACCGGUGGGGAAAAUGCCAGCAAGGAAUUGCCAGUAUGAAUGUAACGAACUAUCCAACCAGCGACCUCAGAAUCCAUGGAGGCCUUAGAAGAACGGCUUUGAGCCUUUACCUGGAAAUUUUAGAAAAGAUAUAUAGGCAAAACCUGGAGGAUAGGAUCAUAUCAUCACUUGUGAUGUAGCUUCAGGAUCCCUUCAUGAACGAGGCAAACAAAGAAGCCAGGGGGCAGUGAUAGCUAGAGUAACACUCAGCACAAGGUUGUUCUUAAUUCAUGGAUCAGGCAACAAUCUGCCUCACCACAUCACUUAGGGGAUAUAUGCUGAAGAUAGAGUUAAACAGAGGACUCAAGUGAUGGGCAAGGUAUUUAUACCUUCCACAUUCCACAGAGACAAAACCAGAACAGGACUUUAGAUAAGCUUUUAUAUAAACUUCAUGUGCUUUUCUGAAGGCCACCCAACCCAGAAUUCAGCAGAGUGGGUAAGAAUUAGUUUUGCGUUGGUUUGAAGUAAUCUCCUGUAGCUGUGGAGGAGAAAGCUUGAAAAUAUGUACUACAAGGGCACAAAAAGCUGGACGUAGCUAGCAUUAAAAAUACACGACUGACUCAUUGGCAAAAGUCAGCAGCGUAGUUUUUACCAUCUAGCUCAUGAUUUCUGAGCAUUUGGAUGGCGACACUGUGUCCUUCAGAGAACUGCUUUUGGGUAAUUCCUAUAUUGUCAUUCCUGUAUUGCAGAUGGGGAAACUGAGGCCAAAUGUGCUCUGCCUGAGGUCUCACGGUGAGCCAGGGGCACAGUAACAGGGGCAUUCAGAAUGCCGACACCUGCUCCUUGUACUUCUUCAGGAACAAAAUUUUUGGUAAAAUCAGCAGAAAUGCAGGAUGAUUGCAUGCCCUGAACAGUCUGCAGAGGCUUCUGAACUGGAAUUAUGAGCUACUGCAUCAAAGGCCCCAUGCUUGACAUUUAUUGGCUUUUUGAUGAAUGUUGGGGUAAUUUUACUGUCAACAGUUUCUCAUUAGGAGCCUGGCAAUGUUCUUUCUGACCAUUAUCUUGCUCAAUAUCACAUUGGGUUGCUACAAAGAACAGAGAUUUUAUGUAAAACCCAUCUAUCUCUGUAGCUGCAAAAUCUUCUAAUAAUUCUACAUUUAAAUAAUCUCACGGAAAUGCUAGCUGCCUUCUCUAAGCAAUAAGGAGAAUGGACAAAUGGUUAAAUUUCCAUGAAGACCUACAGCUAUUGGACAAACCUCAUACUGCAAUGAGUAGGGUUCAUUUGUCUUGAUUUCACUGGAAUUGCACCUCGAUUAUACUAAUUCUGAAUUUAGCCACUGAGUAAUGCAUCUCCAUCCUGGUUUACACUCGCAGAGGAGGAAAAAACCAUCAGACCUAUACCUUUCUCACUCUCCAUUGCAUGAUGUACCGUUUCCUGGCUGCUUGUUGUCAAUAUCAGGAAUUAUUUUUGUCAAACCCAUAGCUUUUAUAAAAAGAAAAUAGUAGAAUUGUACCCCUAAUACUACUGUGUAUUUGGAAAGGGGAAAAUAAUUCAUUAAACUUUCAUGGGGCCAACUGUAGUAAUUUUCAUGGUAUGACUUUUAAAACAUUAAUAGUUAUUUUAAAUAUUUGUAUCCUGGAGUUCUGAUAAUGGGAGCAUCACAGGGUUAUUGUAUAUUUAAUUGAUUAUAUUUGUUAGAGAGAAAAAAAUGAAAACAAAACCAGAUGAUAACAUAACAAAUUGAAUUUGUACCACUAAAAUUCAAGGCAGACUCAUGGAUUUGGUUCAUGACUGUUUUUCAUAGCUACUUAAUACAGGAGACUCUCAUUUUCCCUCCUUAGGUAGGACGGUGUUUACAGCCUGCCAAAACCAAAACCUGUAACACUGUGGAGUUAACUGAAAACAAGAAACAUUCCUUUAGCCUAGAUCAAAACACAACCAACCCUUUAAACUAACUUUAAUAGCAGUGCAAGUUAACCUGUUGGAUUUAAUACAGAUACAGGUAUUGAUCUCAUCCACUGAUUCUGCUGAAGGAAAGUCACCUCCUGGAGAGGCAGAACAGGUAUGGAUGGCAACACCUUAGACUAUUUGCAACUUGGUGCAUUAGAGCCAUGUGUCACUGAGCUCUGAUGUAAUGGGUCAUGUCUAAGAGAGCAGAAGCUCCAACUGUAGUCCGCUUUCUGAAGGAGUUUUUAAGGACAAAUUAACUGCAAUAAGAGAAUGUUGACAUUCAGACUGCCCCAGUUGCUGAAGACAGAGAAGGCAUUAGGUCUUCCAAAGUGGCACUCAGGUUUUAUUCCAGACCUGUCCCUCCUAUAAACAAUUGCAGUGGAUGAAAUCAUUUUUGGAAAGAUGUGUUCCCCGUCAACUCUGCGCUGUCAACAUGAAGGAUAACGUGAUAUAUACCUGCUCCGGUCUUCUCCACUUCCUGGGCCAAAAUCAUUCUCAGUGUAGACACCGAGUGAUGCUUCUGGAAACAAACAACAAAGAAUUAGUAAAACAUAUAUAGAACAUGGGGGAAAGGAGAAAGCAAAUAAACACAUGUAAUUAUUCUCCUAAUGUGCUCUUCAGUCUAGAUAUAAAUAUUUUGUUUCUUGUAUCUGUUUAAUGAAAUAUACCCUUCGUGCCAGUAAAACUUUAUCAUC